AUUGACUCCUGCCACAUUUCGGAACCGGCUUCCCGCGUUCGUGUUUCGUUUCAUUAUCGUGCGCAUUUGUUGGAACUAUUUGGUGAACUGAGUGCUUGCUGAAAGCUAGCUUCUCUGCUAUCUACAUUUACCGGUGUUUCUCUGCUCUAAAGAGAGAAUUAAAGGUUAUCUUUCCAUCGCUUGAACAUUUUUUGAUUCUUUUAAAAAGUGAUGCAUUUUUUCUGAAGAAAUACAUCGAAAGUUUCUUGUUAAUUUUUGGAGAAGAAGCUGAACAUAUAAUACCUACCUGCCUUUGGUUUUUUAACUAAUCGGUGAGAAGAUGACUGCUGAACUGGAAGAGCAAGAAAAGAAGGGAGAAAAGGAGAUGGAAGUGGAGAAGACCCCAUCUCCAAAGGAUGAGGAUGCACCUAAGAAUGGAGGAGGGGACGUGAAGAAGGAAGAGGUGGAAGAAGAAAAAGAAGAGGAAAAGAAAGAGGUCGAAGAGGAGAAGAAAGCAGAGACAGACACUGAAGAGCAACAGCAAGAGGAGGAGGAGAUAGCACCGUCCCGUGCUAGACCUCUCCCCUUCUGGAAAAGACUUUUUAAAAGAGGUCCAGAGAACAAACAAGAUGUUGAAGCAGGUACUGAACUCCUAUCAAAAGAUGGAAAAGCAGAGAUUAAAGCUGGAGAAGAAGGUAAGAACGGCAAAGCCGGAAGUAAUACAGACGUCGCAGUUGCCGUAACAGAUGGCAAAGAAGAGGAAGGAGAAGAGGCCAAAGCAGCCAAAAGCAAAGAAGCCGACCAAAAACGUGGAUACUGGCAAAAAGUAGCCAUCAGCCUCGUCUGCAUCGUAAUUGUCUUGGUUAUCGUUAGCGUGGUAUCUGUCAUCACCAGCUCAGGUCAUUCCAACAGAGGACCCCUUGGAGAACCCGUUGCUGUCACUGAAUGUGGACCUGUCAGAGGAUAUAAACAAGAUGAUAUGUAUAUCUUCAAAGGUGUUCCAUACGCUUUACCACCAAUUGGAGAACUUCGGUGGAAGCCACCCAUGAAAGCCUCUACUCUGAACGAAUGUUGGACCGGGACAUAUGAAGCAUACAAUUCAAGCGCAAUAUGCUACCAGAAACCGAUUCCCGGACUUAAUUUGGAAAUGAGCGAAGACUGCCUUUAUUUAGAUAUCAUUACACCGAGUUUAUCCCCCCCUAUCUUGAGGCCAGUGGUCGUUUACAUUCCGGGUGACCAUCCAGUAAAGGGCUUCACAGCUGAUGAUAUCAAAUGGCGACCAACGACAUCCGUUGCUGAUUCUAAAGAUGUCACAUUCGUCACUCUGAAUUACCGUACGAAUGUGUUCGGAUUUUUGGUAUCGGAUCUGUUAACGAAUAGAAUGCGACCCCCUACAUCCGGGAACUAUGGAAUUAUGGACAUGAUUGCAGCUUUGAAAUGGGUGCAGAGGAAUAUUCGAAGCUUUGGUGGUGAUCCUAAUAGGGUAACUGUAUUGGCUCAUGGUGGUGGUGCUACUGCUGGCUUAGCUCUUUUAUCAUCAAAGAAAACCUCAGGUCUUUUCCACCAAAUGUGGCUUACUGCUCCAUCAGCCAAGUUUAGCAAUAAGACACUGACAGACAUUUCUUCCGAUAACUCGGCUCUUCUAACGAAAUUAAAAUGUGAUUCCCUGUCAUGUUUAUAUAAUAAAACUGCUGAUGAAAUCCUAGCAGCAGUUCCUGGCUUUUGGGCAGCUGAUUGGUCCCAUGAUUUACCAAGCUCCGAAGAGGAACUCAGUCCUGAAAUGGUUGUUGUUGAUGGUGAUGUCCUUUACAAUACACCUUUCCAUAUGUGGAAGGAAGGAGAUAUUCUUCAAGUACCUGUCGUAAUUGGGGCUACUGCACAAGAGUCUGGAUCUUCAAAAAUGAUUCACGAUUUAGACAGAUGGACGUGGACUGACUUUAGCGAUUAUGUCAGUGAGAAAUUGGAGACAAUCAGUGAUAACAGAACUGUAACUGCUUUACAGUACUACAUUCAAAAUGAUACAACUCCUCAGCAACAAUUCCAUUCCAUGGUCUCUGAUGUCAGAACAAUUUGUCCUCUUGAGAGGUUAAAUGAAGCUCUCAAUGACGCUUUGGAUACAGAUUCCUAUUGGUACCUAGUGGAUUACAUUCCCAGUUCACCAAUUCAAUUCUCCAAUGAGAGCGCCGCUGUUCGACUCGCCGUUCAUGGCUUAGACAUCGCUGCCAUAUUUGGUAUUAUGGAUAACUACAUUGACACUAUGUCACCUUCAGAUCUCACUUUCCAGAAAAAUAUGCAAGACUUAUUCUACAGUUUCAUUUCCACUACUAAACCUGAGAUUAAAGGUGAACGUCUUAUGGCGUCUAAUUUUAUUAACAUGAUUGGAGAAGCUGUUCGCAGCCGGAUGACACCAUAUGACAAUUGCUAUGUUUGGAAUAAUGAUAUAUUUUACCCUACCUACGCAAAAAUGAACUAAUUCGAUUGGAUGAAAUAAAAGAUCUGUAAACGGUAGUGCAAGCUUUAUUGAAUCAAUUAAGCACUACAUGGUGAAUGUUUACUAGAAAAAAAAACUGAUGUUUCAAAUUCCAUUGUUUUUUAUGUUUAAGGAUCAUUUAUGAUCGAAAUGACAAGGUUUGAAAUAGAAACAGCUUUGGUGUGGAAUAUUAUAAAAUUAUUUUCGCUUAAGUUGGAACAUUUAAUCCUCAUAAAUUUAAAUAUUUCCGAUUUUUUUAUCAAUAAUGAGAAGUUUUGUUUCAAGCUGAUUUAUGCUUUAAUUGAUAUUUCCUAUUUUUAAAAAAGGAUAUGUCUAACAAGCAUUACAAAUUAUACUUAAAUCAAAUCAUUUAAUGCAAGAAAAUGGAAUCAAGUCUAAUUUUCAUCUAUGUAUUUAGUCAAGGUAUAAAAUUAAAAUAAAAGCUAUAUCACAAGGUAAUUAAUUUUAAAAAAAAAUUAUUAAUGUAUUUAACGUUGCAGUUUUGUUUCAAGUAAUCCAGGAAAAAAUUCACUGGGAUUUAAUAACUUGAUUCCUUAAAGAUGAAACAGGAAAACUGUGAUAACACUUUUCAACUAUUGGUAUUAUGAAGUAUUGCUCAGAUGUUAUUCAUGUUUCAGUUUCAUUUAAAUGAUGUAAUGUGUAUUGAUGUUUGUCUUUUUUUUCUUCCUAAAUCAUAUUCACCAUUUUCCCUAAUUCAUAUUCACCAGUGUUUUCAACUGAGAGAACCAAAUAUUUUUCAUUGUAUAAAUAAAACAAAUAUUAAAAAGUAUUUAUUAUUUAAGGCGCUUACUAAAUUGCUUUUACUCAAGACUGAAUUUGCAUUUAUAUACAAAAAGUACUUAUGUUUAUUAGAUUUAUGUAUCAUCAAAUAUUUUUUGUAUAUAAUUUCUUUGUAACAUUGUUUUUUUUAUAUAAUUAUUUUAGUAUAUGAUUUAUUUUUAAAUUUUGUAUUUUAUCUCAUAUUUUAUUAUACUAGGAACUUGUUGUGAUUAAUACAUAUCAGAAUUGAUGUUUUUAAAGCUUAAUUCAUUUUAUCAUUCUAUAUUUCUUUUUUUUUAAUUAUCAUUGCUUGUAUAAGAUUUAUUUUUAUUUUUUGCUUCUCAAAUUAAAUUAUGAUUAGUGAUUUUAAGAUUUGUAAAUUAAACAGGAACAAGCAUUUAAAAUCAAUCUUUCAAAAUCUAUUUUUCAAAAAAAAAAAAUUAUUGCAGUUUUCUAUACAAAAUGUAAAAUAAACUACAAUUUUUAAUGAGACUGAUAUUUACAAUUUGUAUGUGACACGUUUGUAGAAUUUUACUACGACCAAUAUUCAUUGAAAUUAUUCAUCAGUUAUUUAAUUCACUGUUGAUCAAAAACAUAUUUUAUAUUAUUGCAAAUUUCAUAUGCAAUUAAAUAUUUAUGCUGUUUUUAAACCGUUUUAAAGUAAUAGGUUUCUGUGCUUGAAAUAACUUCUACCUUGCGAAAUUUUCUUAUAACAAAGUCGAUUAGUAAUCCAAGCUAAAUUAUGAGUGAUUUAAUGCUAAUUACUCUGCAUUAAUUAUUAAAGAAAUGUGUACUUUGUGCUGCCCAGUUCUUAUAGCAAAGUGCAUGCUGGAUCUAAUAAAUUUAAUGUUUCAAUACAAAAUAUAUUGCUUGUAUCUGAAGUAAAAAAUAAAUAAAUAUAACCCAAAAAAAUUAAGUCCAAGAAAUAAAAUAAAAAGUCCAAAUUAUAUAGUUGUAAGAAAACACAAAAAAAUUCUUAUUACUUGUAUGGAUCCAUAGGCAAGAUUACAUAGUUGUAUGGAAAUCCAUAAAUGAAUUCAUAGUUAAACUUUUAAGACUACUUAAAUUGGUACAUACAUGAAUGACCAUUGGAAUUCAUAGUUUAAACAAGUUUAAACAAAAUGAAGAAAGUAUCGCAAGUUCCAAUCCUCAUCUUAAUUCUAAAUUUUAUGAAUCAUCAUAUCAUAAUCUAAAAUUAAUAGUAUAUCUUUUACUCCUCUGGGACCAACCAGAAUCGAUUAGAUAAUGUUAAUCUAAACUAAGGUUUAAACAUAAAUAACCUGUUUCAAAAUGAAUAUGCUUAAUUUAUAUGAGUUCCUUUUCUUUACAAGCGCAUCUAAGUUUAUGAGCGUCUUUCCCAUUAGCCUGCACUAUUAGCUGACCAUGUUUAGGUCUAUACUUAUUAUACAUAAUCAAACAUGGCAAAUAAAAUAAAAAUCUGAAAGCAAGAGUGUAAAUAUAUAUUGGAUUUGAGUGCAUUAAAUUAAAGACGAAGACACGUUGUAGAGUAGCGAAUAACGAUGAUGCUGUGAUCUCAAAAGUGCUAGUUCAUCGGUAAAGAGAAUUCUGCAACAUCCUGCUAUAAUUAGAUGCAGUCUGGGAGAUUUUUCAUCUCGUUAAAAAAUUUAAUUUCUGAAAACUUUUUAAGCUGUUGCACUAAUAAAUUUGGGUUUCAAUGCCCUUUGCUAUGACAUUUAAAAAGUGGAUUAAUGUACUUUCUAUUUGCUCUUACAAGGCUUAAUAAGGGUUGUAAAUAAUUGACACCGAUUCCAUUAAAAAAAAUUGCUGCGCUUUUUAGCUAAUUAAACAAAAACUGUUUAUACGAAAGGUUAUUCAACCGCUGCUAUUAAUAUAUAUUCUUAGAAUUUUUAUCAUAAAUGAUAGCGAAAAAAUUAACAUGUUGGAUAUGGCAAAUUAAUAUUUAACAUAGGAAGAAAACAAAUAAAAAUGUGACAAAUCACUGUUGAAGAAUAAAAAAUUAAAAGUAUCAAAACCUGUUUAAUUGUUGGUUCAAACUUGUUUUGAUACUUGUUUCGAGUAAUUGGCAUGUUUUGAUAUUUUUAAUCCAUCGGUUCUUUAAUAGUGAUUCUUUAGAUUUCGCCAUCAUUUUCGUUUUUCUAGCUUAAAUAUUCAUUUGUGGCCCAUAAUGUCAAUAUUUGUUUUACUUAACUUUGACAGGGGCUCUAUAAAUAUGUAUAAAUAUUAUUACAUCAGGCACAUUAUGAGAUAAUGUGCAUUAGUUCCACUUCCUUCUGGGUUUUUUUCAUCCUUAAAAUGUGCAAAUUCAAAUAAAGGAAAUAACUUAUUAACCUUUUCGGCAGAGAAUCAUAGCAAUUCAUCUCUAACUAACCCUAAAAUUAUGUUAAUUUUUCCUAUAUACAAUCACUUGUUAGCAUAGCAUAAUGUUGACAAUUAUUCGUUUUUAGUUUUUCUUUUGUUAAUGAAAAGAACAAAUUCUUUACCAAACAGUCUGUAUCUAAUUCACAGGAGAGGCUAAUACUAGAAUCCUGCACUGUAAAGAAUGUUCCGUUAAAUGCCAGGAAAAGUGUGCACGUUAUGAUUUUUGUUUUCUAAACACUGUUUAUCUUAUAGUAUAAGUGUUAUAAUGUUUAGUGUACGUGUUUAGUAAUGCAUAUUUCUCUAUGUGUAUUUUUAAAGUUAUCGUUGCAGUUUUUGUAGACUUUUUGUCUGCAAAAUAAUUUGUUUCAUAUAUCAAGGGUAAGAUUUAUAUUUAUCACCGAUUCGCAGACUAAUGAUCUGAAGUCAACAAUUUUUGGAUGAUGAUACUUUUAUAAAAUAAGACUUAGUUGCACCCAGUAUUAGUAUUUUAUAUUGUUCUUUAAUUUUUUAAAGGCCACAAUUCGGGCAAUUUUUAACUUAAAUGGUACAUGCGUGUAGAACCGCUGUUAAUAGCCUGUUAUAUAUUACUUUAGCCAUUGUUGGUAUUUUAUAGAUUUGUGUUUCUAAUUUUGUGUUAUUUUUGAAAUUUUUAUUUAAGGCUGUUGUCUACUAAUUUCAAAUUUAAAGAAAAAAAAUGAAAGAAAUACGGUAGUUUCUGUAAGAAAUAUGUUUAAAUUAAUUUUCAUUUUGUGACAGUUUUUUAUUUCAUUCAAAACCUGAAGUUAAAAUUGGAAAUUAGCUGUUUAUAAAUUCGUUUGUUUAAAGAAAAAUAUGUUAUUUUUCUUAAUUUCAAAGAUUAUUUUAUUUAAAGUAAGGCACUAGAAAGCAUUUUUAGAAGCUUAACAUUUGAAAAUAUAUCGAAAUUCGAAAACGAUUCUUAUUUUAUAAACGUUUAUUGGAAAAAAAAGUGUGUUAUUUUCCUUGAUUUAAAAUAUUAUAUUUGUUUAAGAUAAGGUAUAUUGAAAAAUGUGAAUUUUUUUUUCACUUUAAAAGAUAACUUUUGAAUAAAAUUAAGAAGUCAUUUUUGAAAAAAUAAUCUAUAUUAAUGCAAACUAAAGUUUGGCAGCCAAAGAUAGAAAACUACUCUGAAAGUCUGCUGUAUUUAAAUAAAAAUUAAUUGUUGUGAAAAAUGUGUUAUUUUUCUCAAUUCAAAAUAUUCUAAAAUAAAACAAAGCCUAAUAAUUUCUUACUCCAACAAUUAUUAAACUAUUCAAAAUUUAAAAGCCAAGAUAAUAUUUUCUUAUAGAAAUUGUUGGUUAAUUUCAAAAUAUCGAAAUGUUUUUUCUAUAAUUUAAAAUUAAUAAGCAACAGCUUUAAAUCUGGUAGAGAAAUUUGCUUAAGACUUUUCAUUUAUAAAAAAAAAUUCACCGCAUAUGGUGCUGUUUUGAAGAAAAAAACGUUUUACUUUUCUGCUGCAUGGGUGCUUGUUUAUACUAGUGUGAAACGUUUUUAAUUCAUCGCAUUUUGUACUAGAUUUCAUAAAAAAGUGCUCAAUUUUUACUCACUUUUAAAUUGUUUGUUUUCUUUUUAGAUAUCAAAAUACCUUUGUUGCUUGUAAUAUUCAUCUCAGCUGAAAUGAGAUGUUUUACAUAACACUUGUUACCCUUUUACAACUUUGUAUUUUGACAUUUAUUGUGAAAACUGUUCAUAUCACUUUUUACAAUCUCAAAAAUGCAACAAAGUAGUAUUUAUUUAAAAUUAAAGUUUCUUUUUAAAUUAAAAAUGUUUUGGUUACAAGAAUUUAGUGUGAAUUUUUAUUGUAAAUUAAAAUGUAUCUAAAAAUUAAGAUCAUCGAACUAUUCUUGUUCCAUAUCGGUUUUUAAUUAUUCAAGUAUUAUAUGAAAGAGUAUAAGUUCGAGAAUUUUCUGAUAAGCUAUGCAUAGCCUACUGAUAACUUGUUAAUUAACUGGGUUUCUGGCCGAUUUUUACAGACCAAAUACUUAUGGGUGUGUUUUAAAUCCUUUUAAACUAAAUUAGUUUCCUUAAACGUUAUUCAAGUAAAAAUAUUGGUAUUUUUAAUGUUAACUAUUUCAUACUGAUUAACAUUUAAAAGCUUUUGUUUCUAAUCUUAUUUCUAAUUAAUAUUCAAAAUAUUUUUAAAUUUUUUUUAUUAAUUAUAAAAAUUAAUAAUUUUAAUGUGAUUCCUAACACACCUAUGUAUAUGUUAUGAAUUUUGAGUUUCUCUGUUAAUAGUUUUAUUAAUUUUUUCUCCUCAUGACUAUAACAAUCAAUUUGUGAUUACAAUCCCAACUGCUAACACAAUCGGAAUUCAAUUAACACGAAGUUCUUAUUUAUAAAAUUGGUGUUUAAAUCUGAUUGAUUUUUAAAAAAAAUUUCUACAUCUCAUUUAUUAGUACUUCAUUGCAUAGUUAGUUUUAUGUAAAUUUUCUAGACAUAAUUUUUUUUACGCAAUCAUACAAGCAAAAAAUAACAAUUUAACACUAAUCUGUUUUACGAAAUUAAGUUAGUUUAAAGUUCGAAAUAUUGAUAACUUUUAAUUUUAGUUUACACGAAAACAGUGAACUUCCAAAACUGGAUUCUCAAAGUAUAUUAAAACCUGAAAUUUGUGCUGACUGACUUUACUAAAGCUUUAUACUUGUAUUUUACUAUUUACAUUAACCUAUAAUGUGGUUCCAUUGUGAUUGUUUAGUGUUAUUUACUUUUAUGUUUUAUUAUCUGCCUCUUGAUUCAAGGGGAGUAUCAUUGUUCAGAGUAAUGUCAUUCAUAACUUAAUCGAUUAGUAUCAUUUUGUAUUUGUAGUUCUUGAAACGAUUACAUGCGUUUAUUUUUUAUUCUUCAUCCAUGAAGGAAUUUGUGCUUUGUGUCCGACAUAAACAAAAUAAACGUUUAAAACCCAGA